AUGUCUUUCGGUCCAUUCUUUGCUCCCACUCGUACAAUGGAACCUGCUUCGGUGAUAAAUAAUGUCGGCGAAUCACCGGCCGUACCUUCCUUAAAUAAUUUAAUCUGGACAAGCUCACAUUGUCAGAAUUUUCUGGUUGGUGAAAUGAAAAAUUUUAAUGAGCCAACGAUACCUUCGGUCGUUAAUACCGCCACGAACGAUCAAAAAAUCCUUAAUCACAGCAGGAAGCAACAAAACUUAAAUAGAAAAAAGCAUCGAACGGAGAAUACAAAUCAACCUUCACAUACAACGAACAAUUUGGCUUCAAAGUCCACCGAUAUACUGUCUAUCGGUAAAAAAAAAAAGAAACGAAUCCAAAACAAUGAAUCAAAGGAUUCGCAAACCAUGGAGUCCAUAGAUGAGGAGGGUGAUAUUGGUGCCGUAUUUGAAAAUAUUGAUUCUCCUCGUGGGUUGAUUUCGGAAUAUGAUACUUCGGAUUUAUCAAAAUUGAAAGAACGUUUUAAUUAUGCUUCGAUUGAUUGUGGGGCUAAUGUGUUAAAGGCGAAUAAAGAAGCCAAAGGUACCUCGGCGAUCUUAACUGAAAGUAAAGACUCUUAUGUGCUUAACAAGUGUUCGGCAGAAAAAUAUUUUAUUGUGGAAUUAUGCUAUCCAAUUCUUGUGGAUACUAUAGUGUUAGCAAAUUUCGAAUUUUUUUCUUCUACUUUUAAAAACUUUCGAGUGUCUAUAAGUAAAUGGUAUCCACCAAAGGAAGACUGGAAAGUCAUUGGUGAAUAUCGUGCAAAGAAUUCUAGGGAGUUGCAGAUUUUCAGUGUCAAAGAUCCUAUAAUGUUCGUAAAGUAUCUUCGUAUUGAAUUUCAGACGCACUAUGGACAUAAUCAUUAUUGUCCAGUUAGCUUACUUCGUGUACAUGGAAAUAGUGAAACGGAUAUGUGGAAUAAAGAGCAAGAGCAAGAUGGAAUUGCACAAUCAACAUCACAAGAAGAUGUUCUACUGAAUGUCGAGCCCAUAGGUAUAUUAGAACCUUCUAUUGAAUCAGACGAUCUAGACAAAUUAUCAGAAGAUACUCGAACGGAUUCAGAAAAUUUUAAAGUUGAAAAUGAUACAUUGCAACGGGAACAAUCCCAUGCGGCGAAUAAUAAUAAAAUCACAAAGUCACAUAACCAAGACGUGGAAGUUCUAAAAUCACCAGUCAAGAAUAAGAACGUUUUAGAGCAUGGAUUUUGUUCCAGGGUUGAUCCUUUAAAUCGGCGAUAUUCAUUUCCGAUUAAGAUCUUUCAGGAUAAUUCACUUAUAAUACAUCCUGGAAUUUGUCAUAUUGAUCAAUGUCCCAUUUUUGUAACAGAAUAUGAUCUCUUUUCUGACAAUUAUAUUGAUAUCAUUGUUCCAAAUAACAGAUCUAUCAAAAGUGGCAAUGCGAUAAAAAAACCUUUACCACUUCAACCAAAGCAAGUUAAACCCGAUUUCAAUAAUAAAAAUAAUUUACCAACCGGCGUGCCAAAUCAAAGUUCAUAUAUGUUUUUGUUUAAACGUAUUUUAACCCUUGAAUCUGACGCAACUGUUAACAAGCGACAUAUUGAAGAACAAAGUAAAUUGUUGAGAGAAGUUUAUGGUAAGGUUAGCUCUCACUCGGAAAAAAUUGGUUCAAUUAUGAAUCAUUUCACUGGUACAGUGGAGACUUUGAAAAAUCAAUAUGAACAAUUGCUUCAAAUAACCUUCUCCGAAUUUCAUACUAAUCAAAGUAGAAUCGAGGGGGAAUUAAAGGUCCUUACUUCAAAUGUUCACUUAUUAGUUGCAGAGUUUUUAUAG